AUAUUUCAAGACACUGACCAGUCAUCUGCCAUGGAGGCAAUGCCUGCGGACCUCGGCGUCACACCGAUGGAGGAGCGAUCCAGAUCCCUCGAGGCAGAACUCUGGAGUGCUCGGAGGACCCGGUUCCUCAUUUUGAAAUAUAAAGAGCUGAAUCCUCUCGUCGGGAAAAAAGGCGGCCUUAAGCAAGUUUCAUUUACUUUCUCAUUGACUUGUUUACAAAAAGCUAAAUUUCAACUUUGUUUACUUUGGCACUUGUGAGCAUACUUCAGCAGCUUUUGAUGUGCUAGAAUUGCCAAAUUUUAAUCCAUUACUUUUUUUUUUCACAGGACAAAAAAGGCCAUGUGGCAAGAAAUUGCUCGUAUGAUUAAUACAGAGUUCUCAGUUGUGAUGACCGAGCUGCAGGUGCAGAAUAAAUGGAAAAGCCUUGAACGCUCCUAUAAGAAGACUAAAACAAAAAACAAUUCGUCUGGGCACUCAACGGCCUUGUGUGAAUAUGAAGAAGAGCUAAGUGAUGUUCUUGAGAAAGAACACCACAUAACACCGACAGUGCUGAUGAAGCCUGGUGCCACAAUUGAGAAAGACAGCAGCAUGUCUCCCGGCGCUGAUGACGGCACUGACACAGAGCCAGAAUUGUCAGCGAGCAAACCCCUGCCAAGGCCUGCAUCAGCUGCAGCUAUGAAUGCACACCCUAAGGAUGCCGUGCGAAGAAAAAAGGACACCACGUCGUUGAAUGCCCUUUUAAGAGAAUUUAAAGAGGCGAAGGAAGAGCGGGCCGAACGCUUUGAGAGGAAAAUGGCUUUGCUAGAGCGGCUCGUUACAGCUGUCGAGAAAGUUGCCACAACGGCUCCCGAAUAA